CAACACGGAUAAGGAAAAAAAAAAUCUCGCAGACAAAUCAUCGAUUAAUUGACCCCCUCUCCGCAUCUUUUCCUCUCCACUUCAUUCUGACAACUCCUAAUCAGCAGUCCUUUCGUCUCCAACUCCAGCAAUGUCCGGGAGCCCUCGCUGCAACGUCUACAUAGGUAAUUUGGAUGAGAGAGUGAGCGAGAGAGUUCUGUAUGAUAUUUUGAUACAAGCGGGGAGAGUGGUGGAUUUGUAUAUUCCACGAGACAAAGAAACUGAUAAGCCGAAAGGUUAUGCGUUUGCCGAAUAUGAAUCACAGGAGAUUGCAGACUAUGCUAUCAAACUUUUCAAUGGACUUGUCACUCUCUACAAUCGGACUCUUAGAUUCGCUUAUUCUGGGCAAGACAAGAAUUCUCAAAAUUCAUCUACAACAGUCACUCCAUCUUCUCGUAAAUCUAGGACUGACCCUGUACCCAUACCAGUUAACAAUAUGGAAAUUUCUCAUCAGUCGACGAGGAUAUCGGCACCCUUUAGGGUAUCAACUAACCCUGCUAGUAUUUUCUCUUCGGAAGAGCCGCCUCCCCCUGGAGUAACUGUAACAGACCAGGGUAAUGAGUAUGGAACACAUAUCAGUGGUAGCAAUUAUGAGUACAGUCGAAGGGUUUUUGGCUCAACAUUGGAUAGUAUUAACCGCUCUAGAUCUCGCCGCUAUGACUAUAGUAACUCAACCUCUUAUCCCUAUUACUGAUAUUUGUCAUUAGAUUUUUAGGAUCAGAAAUAGAAGCUGAACUCUGACCUGGUACACUGAAAUUGGCUAGCUGUUGUUAACAUUAAGGUAGGAUAAGUGGUACAGCUGUACUGAGUAUAUGUAAUUGGAAGGUCAGUUGUAGUCGAGUUUGUUUACAUUGUUAUUAGACUAUUUUUGAAGGUGUGCCAAUUUCAGCUGUUGUGUUUUUAAUUAUAUAGCUAGAUAUGGGAAAAUUGAAGUUAAAUUUUCUCACAUGAACAGUUCUACUGUGUUGUGUUGUGAAAGAUGAUUCUGGAUCACUAACCUGAACAGUGAAUUCAUGAUGACAAAUUAGUAACUUUAGACUGGUUA